AUGAAGAGAACUGAAGGAGAAGCAGGUGCAGUAAACGGUCCUGGGGAUGAUCGCGGGAAUAAAGAGCCUGUUCAUCGCGUGGCUCGUUUACCUGGCAGGGACAAACCGCCCCCUCGGCCGCGACUCUCCAGGCUGACUUCYCUUGGCCAGCUGGAAAUGACCUGGAGAAGCAGAGUUCACUUCCAGCCGCUGCUCGUGAGGGUCCUGCACAAAUCUCGGCUCAGGUACUACGGGAAACCGGACAAAAGGCUGGAUAUGCCCUAUCAGGCAUACUUUGAAGUUGCUGAUGGUUCAGGCAUGAUGUCAAUGGUCUUGUGGAAUUCAUUAUGUCCUGAAUGGUAUAACAGCAUGAAGGUUGGCACGGUGCUACUUCUUGAGCAGUAUGCUAUCAAAACCAGUUAUCCAUUUAAAACACAACCAACCCCAGGGGAUUCACAGAUGAAGAGAUUCGCUACAAUUGAAAUCAGCUUGAAUGUUCGAGACCCACCUACUAAAAUAAGUAUUAUUCCAGAGGAGAUGGUGAAGCCAGAAUGGGGAUUACCUGAAGUUAAAUAUCGGUUUAUCACAAGGUCAGAACUGGAUGCCUUACCAAACAAUCAUUCCUGUGAUGUUAUUGGUCUUGUGACAUUUGUAGGAAGGGCUGAAAGAGCGAGAAAGAGAGAGCAUGGUGAAGACUUCUGGCUCUAUCGCUGGGUUCAUGCCAUUGAUGGGACCUCAGACCAACCCUUCAUUCUGGAAUUAUUUGCGACAUCUCAGCCAGAUGUGUUUGAGCAUAUUCACCCAAUGACAUACUUGGUGUGCACACAGAUGAGAGUGGUACGGGACAUCACGGAGAAUCCUUCUAAGGCAAUUUACCUUACAACUUCAAAUGAAAGUCAAAUGUUCAUUACAGGGUGGCACAAGGGUCAGCCAUACACCAAGGAUACCAAAGUGAAGAACUUCAUUCAGUGGAUGAAAACACAACAUGAAGCUGAUCAAAUGAAGAAAACUGUCAUUGGUGGCUAUUACCCUUUUCCACGACCUCCAAAUAACUUUCUGAGAUAUUGUAAAAACAAUAAAGUUGAAUCGAUUCUGAAAGCGAUAGGUGAAAUGGGGAGUGAGAUUGAAGACUUGCACUACAGGGAGCACAAGCGCAUUGCCAUUCAGGGAAUAAUUAGUGCCAUAAGAUACAUCAGCUGUAGUAGUGUGGCUGAAGAUGCCUCAGGAGAGGAACCUGCUCAGAAAGAUACUUCUCAGUCUCUUGAAAGUUCCACUACAUCAAAAGAAGAUAGUGCUCACAAGGAAAGAAACAGAAACCUUAAAAAUAAAGAAGUCAAGUCUCCUCUUGGUGGACACUGCUCUCCUGGGGAGCAACAUCAGCGUCAAGCUUUCCUCACAAGAAGGAGGACAAUCAAGAGAAAGAUAACACGCAGUUUUCGUACAGAUACCGAACAGGGAAGUGCCUCUCAUAUUCCUGUAUCAUCUUACCGUUAUUUCACAAGAUCUGCAAGAAGGAAAUUAAGCUUGAGUGAAUUCCAACAUGAAGAUAUUGUGCAACAUAGAAACGGACAGGCCGUAUCUGCGAGCUUACAAUACUGURCAGAUCAAGACGGAAUGAAUGAUAUACCUGAAACUGAAGAGACUGGAAGAACUUGUGAUUCAUGGCAGAGUGACCUGUGGACACAAGUGAAAGACAAGUUAAUGAAGUACUUACAUCACAGCACAGUUUUCCCAGAAAGCAUCCCACGUAAAUUUGAUUAUGUACACAAAGACUUACUUAUGCAACUGUACAACCUUCAUGCAGCAGUCCACCAGCCAAAAGAACAUAGUUCAGAUAAAAAUAUCAAUGAAUUUAAAAGUGCUAGUGGCCUUGGGCAUUAUGAAGUGACAGUACUUGGUAUAAACCAUGAUGUCGCAAUAGAUGUUGCUUUUCUCCCACUGUUUUGUCCCGAGGAUACACACUUAUUUCAAACAGAAGACAUCCAAAACGAUACAUUAUUAUCCUGUAUGAGUUGCAUCUCUGCAUGUCCACAGAAGACUACUAGCACUGGAGGGCUUCAUGGCAUGUUUCCACUUUCAAGUGAAACUGUAAAAGCAGCAAUGGAUCUAGAUGGCAAACAUGUUAUCUGCAUCUUGGACAUCUGUCACUUGGGUGAUGAUAAGGUGGAAGUCUUUCUGAGCAAAAUCUACAAGACAGUGGAACCUGAUGUGCUGGAUCCAGUGUAACUUGAGAACUUGCUCUUCACACUUACUUAUUCAAAAAGAGGGAAAUAAAAUUGCUGUAACACCCUCUACACAUUGCACUUUUCUAGAACUAGUGGAGACAAAAAAAAUAUGUCUUAAAGCAAUUAUAUUGGUUGUCUGUGUAACUGAGAGAGACAAUUGUUGCCCUUGUUUUUGUCAGCCUCAGAACAGACAGGUAAAACUCUUACACAAUGUCUUGGUCACCUGUGUUAAAGAAGAAUGACUAGGGAAUACAGUGAGCUUAUCUUUUGAUGAAGCAGGGAGUGUGACUGUCAUCCUUCUUGGCCCAUAYGUACAAACACAGGAAAUGUAUGUAUCAAGGGGAGCACUGCAAAGAGACACAGGCUUUCCCCGGGUUAAAGACAGUGUUUGCAAAAGAAUUAACUGGCCAUGAAAUAAAUACAGGCUGGCAAUGAGAAUCAUUUUGAGGACAGAAUAAUGUUCUGCUGUGAUCUUUCAGUGGGAGCACUGGAGACAGACUUUUUAAGCUUGAUACUUACUGUGUUUGUGAAAGGGAGUUCAUAUCAUGGUGCCUUUGAUACCAGGGGCUUGUAGUAGUCCAAGAAAUCACCUUCAAUUC